UUUGUGACACAAUCAACACAAGCAAUGGAGGAAUUCCUUACAGAAAUUAAGAUUGUUAGUGGUUUUCUUCAUAGAAAUCUCAUCCGUUUGCUUGGGUGUUGCAGUAAGGGGCAGGAGCGAUUCCUAGUUUAUGAGUUUAUGCCAAACAGGAGCCUUGACCAGCAUUUGUUUGGUAAUGAGUUCAACUCGCUUCUUUAAAAAAAUGAUUUCCAAGUAUACUAUUUCAUACUCUCUUUCCAUGGUGACUGAAACUCUGGAAACAAACAGGGGAGGGGGGAAUUCAUCUCAAAUGGAUAGAUCGUUUCAAAAUAAUAACAGGCACUGCUCGUGGUCUUGUAUAUUUGCAUGAACAAUCUCACUUUCCCAUUGUACACAGAGAUAUCAAAACUCCCAACAUCCUUCUUGAUGAAAACCUGCAACCUAAAAUAGCAGAUUUUGGACUGGCCAAAUUUUUCCCAGAAGAUAAGACACAUCUUACAACCAGGGUGGGUGGAACCAUUGGAUAUACUGCUCCUGAAUAUGCUGUGCAUGGCCUAUUAACACAAAAAGUAGAUGUUUAUAGCUACGGAGUGAUUGUCCUAGAGACUGUGAGUGGAAAGAAAUGCAGCAAUACUGGAAUUCCGCAUCCCAUGGAGCUUCUUUUGCAAUGGGCUUGGAAUUCAUAUGAAACAAACGAGAGCUUGAGCAUUGCUGAUCCAAAACUGCAGUUAGAGACUUUAUCUGAAAACGAGCAAAGACAAAUAUUAAGAGUUAUACACAUUGCUCUUCUUUGCACUCAAGGCUCUCCUACUAAGCGACCAUCCAUGUUUAAUGUUUUGUCAAUGUUAACAAAUGAUUCAGAGAUUUCCGGUCUACCCACUCCACCGGCUUUGUUGGAUCUUUCAAAAGACUUAAUUCCUACGCCUCGCCCGGUAAUUGCUGGAACUUCAUCUUCAACUUUAGGAGAUUCUUCCUCAACGUCACAUGGAUCCAUUAGUGUAUCUCUCUUUCCACGCUAAGAGUUAUA